ACUGUGGCAGUAACCCGGCGGCUGUCAUCAYCUGUCAAAGUUGAUACCAUACCACGACGUAUGCACAUGAAACACUACCUACCUGCAGGACCUCAAGCACCGCUUCAAUUUUCACCAAGCAAUCAGAGGGACUCUAAUCCGAAUAAGUUYGAUUUUCUCUCAGAUAACCGACCAUCACAAGGACUUGGAUUGAAUUAUUUUGCUCAUCUGACUUUCAAAACGUGCGGCUAUAAAUCAUGGAGCACUAAAAUGGAGAGGAAGAAAAAGGUGUUAGUGUUCGAAUCACCUACCAUGAUCGAAGAAUAUUACCACAAAGAAACAUCAAAAUUCAAAAUUUGUGGAAGCAUGAUGUGGGAUGGAUAGAAAAAGUGCAACCUCUACUAUGGCCUCUAAUGACCCCAACCCUCUUGACCYCCCUGGGACCCCCCAGCCUGGUGACCUCAUUGAGAUCUUCAGACCGGCCUAUCAGCACUGGGCUCUGUACCUGGGAGAUGGUUAUAUCAUCAACUUGACACCUGUUGAUGAGAGUCAGGCUGCAGCCAUCUCCAGUGUGAAGUCAGUGUUCAGUCGGAAGGCAGUGGUCCGAAUGCAGCUUCUAAAGGAAGUGGUUGGAGACGACUCGUACCGGGUCAACAACAAAUACGACGACGACCGCACUCCAUUGCCCGUCGAUGACAUAAUUCAGCGAUCUCAAGACCUCAUUGGCCAGGAGGUGUCUUAUGACCUGUUGGGCAGUAACUGCGAGCACUUUGUCACCUUGCUGCGCUACGGGGAGGGGGUAUCUGAGCAGGCCACACGGGCCAUUGGAGCUAUCAGUUUGGUGACGGCUGCAGCAAGUGCCUUCUCUGUUCUUGGACUGAUCAACACACGCUCCAGAAACAGACCCUUCUGAAGCCCCUCAACAACAUCAGCACUGUCCUGUGCUACUACCGUUCUGGGAAACAAUCUUCUUUUGGUUAAGAGGAUAGAUGGAUACUCAUCUUUACCCACUGUCAUAAAACAUGGAUGCAAUGACCUUUUGUAUCAUAAUUUGUAUUGAAGGCCAAGCAGACAAAGUACUGUAUACAGUAGAGAUGUUGCCAACAUUACAAUUAAUGCAGUAUCUUGCUGGAGAUACACAUUUGGAGAUGUUCAAAGGAUUGGUUGUGUGAAAAUGAAGUUAAAAUGAAAUAUAAAAUGUAACAAAAGAAGAAUCAAUAAAGAACUGAAAUAGUAUCGCAUCCAUUACGAAAAAAGACUGCAGUUAGAGUGCAGUAUAACUACAGUAUGUUGCAAAUACUACAUGCAAAGCAACAUUUUUUUUUACUGCAGUAAUUUUGCAUUGUAACUGCAGUUAGAGUGCAGUAUAACUGCAGUUCAACUGCAAUUACUGCAUCCAAAAUACCACAGUCAACUGCAGUUACUGCACUUUUACUCCAGUUUCAAAACCUUUUUGUAAGGGAUGUAAUCUUUAUUAUGUUGGGGGUUUGAUUCUUCAUAUAAUACAAUCUUGUCAAGCACAGACAGUUUAAAACAUCAUCUAAAAUUCUAACA